GGAAAGUGUGGUGCCACACAGUCCUUCGAGGCGGUCCCCUGCACUCGUUCUCUCCUGGCUGUCACAGGAAAUUUUGGGGGGCAGGAAGGAAGAAAUGCUGACAGCUAUCACGAAGUUGGGCUGCCGGCCUCCAAUCGGGGAAAAGAGUGUGGUCUGUGUGCUGUGAGCUGUUCCAAGUUCGAGGGAUGAGAGCGCUGUGUGCUCACACACCGAGCUUUUCAAAGUAGGAACUUCAGCUUAUAAAGCAGAAGAGUGGGUUUUUGGUUGUUGGGGUUUUUUUGUGUGUGUGUGUGGUUGGUUUCACAUAACAAAUGUGUGACCAUCUCCACUUAUAAACGACGUGUGAGACAUUCAGGCACCAGGGACCGAGUGCGCCGGGAUUCCUGGUCCCCCUCCCUCCCUUCACCCCUUUCAUCUGGCCUCACCUGGUUUCCCGAAAGCCCGCCGGCUGCGAGAACCUCUCUGACACUCUCCCGUGCUGGCAGCCAGCUCCACAGAAGUCCGUUUCUGAGAACCAGCCCGAAGCAUGCCCCGGCGUUGCACAACCCGCCUCUGAGGCCGGAGAUAUCAGCCACGGAGCGCCAGGGCCGCCUCACACACAGCGACAUGAAAGGCGCGAGCACCAUGGACGGGGCACCCAGGGCUCUGCUGGCCCGGGCGCUCUACGACAACCGCCCCGACUGCUGCGACGAGCUGGCCUUCUGCCGAGGGGACAUCCUGACCAUCCUGGAGCGGAACGUGCCGGAGAGCGAGGGCUGGUGGAGGUGUUCGCUCCACGGGAGGCAGGGCCUGGCCCCGGCCAACCGCCUGCAAGUGCUCACAGAGGCCCCCGCAGACAGGCCCUGGCCCCCCUCCCUGGCAGGCCUGGAGGAGGCGCUCGCCAGCCCCAAGGAGACCUACCGGGUGCCCACCCUGCUCGGGCACCCGCCUCCAAGCCCCGUGUACGAGCACAUGAAGAGCUGGGUGGAGGGGACGUCCUCACCCACGGUCCAAGUCUACGAACUGCCUGACCCCCCGGCCGGCGCCAGGGCCGUCUGUGAGACGGUGCUAGGCUUUCCCAAACAGGCCAUCUUGUCUAUUCCCAGACCCGCUCCAGCCUCAUCGCCCGUCCUGUACGACGUGCCGGCCAAGAACCACUGCCCCCCAGCCCUGAAGGAGCCAGAGAAGCAGCAGUUGUACGACAUACCCGCCAGCCCCCGGAAGGCAGGACGCGUCCCCGCGGCCAGCUCGCCCAGCAGGCAGAGCGCUCCCGUGACGUCAGCCGUUGCCGUGAGGAGAGCCUGCUACAAGACAUUGCCGAACCCUCAGAAGUCAGAGUGGAUUUACGACACCCCGGUGUCCCCCGAAAAAGCCGAAGUAAGAAAUGCAUCUCCAGCGGGCUUUGUGGACAAAGCGGAAUCCCAUGCUCUCCCCAGACCGAUGACCGGUUUCCACUGUCCCCUGAAGAGCAGGGCCAGGUCCCUCACGCCGCACCUGAGUGGAACCGUGCCCACGCAGAAGAAGCUCAGCCUUCCAGAAACCCCUGCUCACUGCGUUCCAGCGCCCAAGGCCGCCACCCCCUCGGAGGACGGAGGAGGGUACAGGGUUCCCUCGAACUUUCUGAUUCCCCGAGUGGAGCAGCAGAACACCAGGCCAAACAUCUACGACGUCCCUAAAGCCAGGCCAAGCGCCCUUCCGGCUGCAGAAGAGCUGGAGAAAGGCCGUGGGGCUCCCAAGAACGAGGGGGACUGCGGCCGCGCCUGGGCCCCCCAGCAGACCUCGUGGCUCUGCCCCGAGCUGGACAGGUUAUCCGUCAACAGCGCCGACAGCAGAGUCAGCGUCGUCUCUUCCUGCUCCUCCACCUCCACCGAUUCCUCGUCCGGCUCCUCCUCCGAGGAGUCGGCCGCCAAAGAGCCGCCCCUGGACUUGGACUUGGCCAAAGGGCUGGUGACGGCUCUGCAGCACAGGGUGGCCAGCUCUGUCUCGGGCCUGAUGCUCUUCGUGAGCAGGACGUGGAGGCUGAGAGACCACCUGGAGGCCAACAUCGACGCCAUCCGCAGGGCCACCGACCACAUCGAAGAAGCCUUGAGAGAAUUUCUGGAGUUCGCCCACGGCGUCUGUGGGGCCGCCUGCCACCUCACCGACAGCAACCUCCAGGCCAAAAUCAGGAACCAGCUGCAGACGAUAUGCGGCUCCUACCAGGCCCUGCUGGAGAGCAAGCAGAGCCUGGACGGCUGCCACUGGUCCCUGGAGGUCCUCGUCACGGACAAAGCCCAAAACAGCCCGGAUGACCUCGAAAGAUUCGUCAUGGUGGCGCGGAUGGUCCCAGAAGACAUCAAGAGGUUCGCCUCCAUGGUCAUUGCCAACGGGAGGCUCCUUUUCAAGCAGAACGGCGAAAAGCGAGACGCCGUGCCUUCGGCCCUCGGCGCAGGACCUAAGCUCGCCAGCUGCGUCCGGCUGCCCCAGAGGGAAGUGGAAUCCUAUCAAAGGAGCGCGCCCACCAGCAAACAGAGGGAAAGCGGCCUCUGCCCCGAACUGCUGGAGAAAAACUGGACAAACGCCCGUGGAAAGAAGUUGCCUCAUCUAGAAGAGGAAGUAAAACCCAUCUUGGAACAAAGGUCGGAUGGAAGCAAAGGCUUCGAAACGCAGAAUGCAAAGUACCCCAUGCCCCGGCCCCCAGGUCAGCAGCACCCCGAGAAGAAGGUCCACCUUUCGGAGCACUGCCGCCUCUAUUUCGGGGCGCUCUUCAAAGCCAUCGGCGUCUUCCACAGCAGCCUCAGGCACGGCCAGUCCCCGGAGAUCUUCAUCGCGCAGAGCAAGCUGGUCAUCAUGAUAGGGCAGAAGCUGGUGGACACGCUGUGCAGGGAGACCCAAGACCGGGACGUGCGCAAUGAGAUCCUCUGCGGCAGCAGCCACCUCUGCAGCCUGCUCAAGAACCUGGCCCUGGCCACCAAGCACGCCGUGCUCCAGUACCCCAGCCCCGAGGCCCUGGGGCACCUCCAGGCCGAGGCCGAGAAGUUAGAGCAGCACACACGGCAGUUCAGAGGGACGUUGGAAUGAGCCUCCCGCCCUCCCUCCGUCCUGUGCGAUCUGUCUCGUGGGAAAGGCCAGCCCGGGGACAGAGCGAAGGGCAGAAACGGCCGCGUGCCGAGAGCCGGUAUCCCCGAGUGCCCAGGGGACCCUGGACUCUGACUUACCCACAGAGAGUCAGGGAAGGGUGGCCGGUGUGAAGUAAGGACCUGGCUAAGUAUGUGUCAUGGGAGGUCAGUGUAUGAGUGACAUCGUAGAAACCAAUGGUUGUCUUGGUUAAAUGUGUGCCCGUUUUAAGUCCAUGCAUGCAAC